AUGAACCUCUUUGGGCUUCGUUCCAAUAGUGUUAACGGUAACACCGGGGCAGACUAUGACCUUAUGCCCGAGCCGAUUGCUCACGCGGAUUACAUUCCCCUGCGCCUUAACCCCAAAGAGCGCAAGGUGCAGCGACUCAUGCGGGGCAUUGUCAUGGCUUCCCAUUACACGGAUAAGGUUGACAACGAAUCUACUCUGAAAGGUAACAAGAGGGACAGCGUUAUCGUCAAGGAAGUUACGAGCGCACUCAGUGGUCUUAUUGUUGGUUUGGAUGUUGAGAAGGGAGGGGCCCUUUAUAGAGACAAGGAUUUCACACCGUUCGCAAGAGAUAUUCAGUCCGCCGUGGAAACAUAUCGUCGAUACAAAAUGAUGAAUCCAGAUCUCAUUAGAACAGACUACGUCAAGUUCUUGUAUAUGAUUCAGGAUGCAGUGCAGAACCAGAAUGUGAAGGAGGCGCUGGGUUUCCCAGUUGCAGAGAGAAUCAUCACUGUCGGGCGUUACUGCAGUUACUUGGGUGUGGAGGAUAUGCUGCAGGACAAACGUCUGCCGCUGUGCAUUACACCGGUACCUUUCAUGAAAAAGAGAAGCAAACUCAACGAGGCGCUGCGCCGGAAGGAUGUAACCGUCAGCUCUGUCGUAAAGGAAUAUAGUAGGAAAUCCGGGAGAUCGCAGGACGAGGUGGAGAUAGCCAUCCGGAGUCUCAAUGACGCUAACCAGUUCGCAAAUGAAAAUGUAGAAAGCACCAAUGAGUUACUGAAUCUUUUGCUCCAGCACUUUUCACCGAACAAUGUGACAGAAGCUACAGAUUUGAAUAUUGUAGAAGGGGAAGGCGGAAGUCGGCUCACUCACAACCAUAGACGUCAAUAUUUCUUUGUAUUACAGAGCCUCUCUCUCUGGAAAAACAUUUGCCGCCGCAUGUUUUCAUUGUGGACAAUUGCGGAGGAAGACAUGUUAAACCCAAAUGAACCUUAUGAGUUUCGCUCCACCGGCCAGGGUUAUCAGCGCGUGCAAAAAGCGCCAAAUCUGUACAAUGCAAUUCACGAAGUUGUGCAGGAAACGAAGAAAGAGCUAGGUGAAUGGGUGGGCUCCGAGCGCAUCCACUUGGGUGAUGACCAGGUGCCGAAUGCCUUUCACUUUAUUGACAAAUAUGGUCAGGUGUCUCGAAUAAUUAUACCCAUCCUUCGAACUGUUAGUCAUAUAGACAAACUGGAGGAGAGCCCCGAGCACAAGGCGUACGUAAAAGAGAUUUGGGGUAGCCCAACUGGAGCUAAACUGGCUAUUCUUCGUGAUUUCUUUCGACACGGUUUUGAUGGCAGUGGAGGUGAUAACAUGGAUGACGCAGGAAGCUGCGUUGAUGGCCGAUUAACAAGCGCGUGGAAUUGGUGCAACAGCAUCCGCUUCAAACCGUUCUACCCACUUUUUUUGUUGGCUGGCUUUAGCUCCUUCGACGGUGACCUCAGUCUAUGA